AUGUCUCGAAGGUAUGACAGCCGCACGACGAUCUUCUCUCCUGAAGGCCGUCUCUACCAGGUUGAGUAUGCUAUGGAGGCCAUUGGAAAUGCAGGGACUGCAAUUGGGAUAUUGUCAAAAGAUGGAGUUGUGUUAGUAGGUGAAAAGAAGGUGACUUCCAAGCUCCUUCAGACCUCUACAUCCACUGAGAAGAUGUACAAGAUUGAUGACCAUGUCGCAUGUGCAGUGGCUGGGAUAAUGUCUGAUGCCAACAUCCUUAUCAACACAGCUAGGGUCCAAGCACAGCGCUAUACAUUUGCUUACCAAGAGCCAAUGCCCGUUGAACAACUAGUCCAGUCUCUCUGUGACACCAAACAAGGUUACACGCAGUUUGGUGGGCUCCGUCCAUUUGGUGUUUCGUUUCUAUUUGCAGGUUGGGACAAAAACUAUGGUUUUCAACUUUACAUGAGUGACCCAAGUGGAAACUACGGUGGUUGGAAGGCUGCAGCCAUUGGGGCAAACAACCAGGCAGCACAAUCAAUGCUGAAGCAGGACUACAAGGAUGAAAUAACAAGAGAAGAGGCAGUUCAGCUUGCACUGAAGGUGCUCAGCAAGACAAUGGACAGCACUAGUCUGACUUCCGAUAAGCUUGAGUUGGCUGAAGUCUUCGUCUUGCCUUCGGGUAAAGUGAAGUACCAGGUGUGCUCACCAGAUGCACUGAGCAAACUGUUGGUGAAGAGUGGAGUGACACAGCCAGCUGCUGAGGCCUCUUAA